UUCUGAGUUCAGAGUCUAUGCUUUAGGCCUCUAUGAUGCAAUGUCCUUCAAAAGAAAGCCAUCCAAGAUGAGUGAGUGGCUCAUGGCUCAUGCCUGUAAUCCCUGCUCUUUGGAAGGCCAAGAUGGGUGAAUCGCUUGAGUGCUGGAAUUCAAAAUCAGCCAAGGAAACAUAGGGAGAGUCCAUCUCAACAAAAAAUACAAAAAUUAACCAGCCCUGAUGGUGCUUGCCUGUAGUUUUUAACUACUCAGGAAACUGAAGUGGGAGAAUCAUCUCAGCCUAGGGAGGUAAAGGCUGCAGUGAGCCAUGGGCAUGCCACUGCACAUGGUGUCACAACAGAGUGACACCAUGUAUGAGAAAACAAAACAAAACAAAAAGCCAUCAGGAAAGGAAGAACAUUAAAUAAGAAAGACUUUAAUUUUGGUGAAAAAUGUUUACAUUUCUUAAAGCAAAAUUGCUUCACAGGGACAUAUAUUUCCUACAAGCUUUCCCCAAAGCUGUGAGGUGUGGUCAAGGGAACAGUGGUUCACAUUCUGCAAAGGUUGUGUUAAUUUUUUUCCAUCAAGUUUUUGAAUGUACAGGAAACUCUUCACUGUGUGAAUUUAACCGUAUACAUACUUUCUCAAUCCUGUCUUAAUCUCUAAGCCCCAUUCUCCUCCUACCCUGAUCUAUCCAAGGGCUGGUGAAAAAAAAUUCCCAUUGAUACACUCUCUGAUGCAGGCUACAAUUCUGAUUCUUUCUCUGGGAAGAAAAAUAAAGAUAUGCAUAUGCAUGUGCAGUGGGUGUUUUCCAGUAUGUGCACACACCCUGCCAAAAAGGAAGGUGAAGCAUACUUUCAGUUUCAGCCCACACAAGAAGGGCAGGAGAGAAGAGCCAUGGCCGGUGAGUCUUUUACUGUUCCAAGAACAGGUCGCUGGGAAGAAAGAGUUUUGGAAGGUGCUGGCUCUUCUGGAAGCCACAGUUAGUAUCUGUGGAAGUUUAGACAAGUUCCUGAAGGAGAAGAGAAAGCUGUUUAUCCAUUCCACGGGUGAAGGUACAAUAAAUGGCUUACUGGAUGAAUUAUUACAGACAAGGGUGCUGAACCAGGAAGAGAUGGAGAAAGUAAAACGUGAAAAUCCUACAGUUAUGGAUAAGGCCCGAGCUGUGAUUGACUCUGUUAUUCGCAAAGGGGCACAGGCAUCCCAAAUUUUCAUUACAUACAUUUGUGAAGAAGACAGGUACCUGGCAGGGACACUGGGACUUUCAGCAGGUCCGAUACCUGGAAAUUAGCUUAGUACACAAGACUCCCAAGGAGUACUUUCUUUCUUCCCAGCACCUCAGGCAGUGCAGGACAACCCAGCUAUGUCCACAUCUUCAAGCCCAGAAGGCAGCAUCAAGCUUUGCUUUCUAGAAGAACCUCAAAGGAUAUGGAAACAAAAGUCACAGAGGUUGGAGUGAAAGAUAUACUUCAGGCAGUUCUGAAAUUCAGUGGCUUUUUCUUAGAAGCAAUUUUAUUGAACGGUUCUGGAGAAUCAUACUUCUGCUCCCCUUGCAUAAAUGAUGUCUAUAUCCUAGAAUCCCAGGUUUAUGUAAAGAGCUGCAAACUGGAACUCAUAAAUUAUCGUAGUCUUCAC